AUGCUUUUCUCCAUGUGCCUUCCAGGCAAUCCAGACGACUUCACUGUCGCACAGAUCGUCGACAAGCUUGAACAUGCCUAUGUAAAAAAGACGAACGCUGCAACCGAGUGGGCUAACUACUUCAAACUACAGCAAGAGUCCGGCGAAACCUUGCUGGAUUUCUCAAACCGCCUCCGACGAAAGGCGUUCCCGUGCGCAUUUCCAGCCAACGUGCUCGAAAAGAACAUAUCGGCGACCUUCCUGAAUGGAAUCGCCAGCGACGCUACACGCCAGCAUUUGCAAUCCCAGACCUACACCACUCUGGAGAAGGCUCUGGAGAUCUGCGAGGAGUAUGAGCUCCGGAGGAGCAACAGGAAGGGCAGUAUGGCGCCUGAUGUGGCUCGCGUGGACAAUGCACGCCGUGGCGGUGGCGCACGAGGAAGAAACCGCGGCGGCGGCCGUGGCGGACAGCAGCGGCGCGGCGCUGGUCCCGACAGGCAGCCUGCAACUGGUGGAGGUACCGCAAGCGUGUGCGAUGGCUGCGGCUCCAGCCAACAUGCCCGAGCGGAGUGCUGGGCGAAGGAGCUAGCCUGUAAAAACUGUGGAAGAAAGGGCCAUAUUGCGAAAGUGUGCAGAAGCGCGAAGCAGCCGCAACGCGGACGGGGUGGACGCGGAACUUUUCUCGUGGAGGAGGAGCUGGAUGUGCUGUCUGUCGAAGCAGCUGCCGGGCGAUCCAUCCAUGUGCCGCUCAAGCUUAACGGCGUUCCUGUGUCACCAGUCCUGGAUACAGGCUCUAGUGUCACUAUUGUGACUGCUGACACGUGGAGGUCACUGGGAUCACCGAAGCUGUCGCCAUACACGUCCCUCCUGCGAAGCUUCACGGGCCACGCCCUGAAGGUCAUUGGGACCGUGACAGUAGACGUCACGCACGGUCGGAACAGCAAGGCGCUACCCGUUAUCGUCGUGGCCAGCGGCGGCAAUGUGCUGGGGAGAGACUGGAUCCGGGCUCUCGACCUGAGCCGAUUGAGCCUACGAGAUCUCCAGUCAGCCUCCGUGUCUGCCGUCUCCGGAAUCACAAUGGAGGAGCUGCUGGCGAAACACAGCGCUGUGUUCCGCGAAGAGUUAGGCCAUUGCCGUCACUACAAAGCGCGACCAGUACCGUUUGCAUUCCGGGAAGCCCUGGAGCGCAACCUGGACCGCCUCGUGGAGAAAGGGAUCCUGACUCCGGUCGAGCGGGCGGACUGGGCAGCUCCGGUAGUGACCGCGCAGAAGCGAGCCGGGGACAUCCGCACGUGUGCCGACCUUAGCACGGGCCUGAAUGACGCCCUCGAUGUCCAGCAGUAUCCGCUGCCGACACCGGAUGAGCUCUUCGCCAAGCUCAAUGGCGGUCGGAAAUUCACCACCCUUGACCUGGCGGAGGCGUACGCCCAGGUCGAGCUGGACGACGACAGUAAGAAACUGGUGGUAAUCAAUACCCACAAGGGGUUGUUCCGAUACAACCGUCUUCCUUUUGGCGUGGCGUGCGGCCCCAGCAUCUUUCAACAGAUAAUGGAAAGCGUCCUCCAAGGCUGCGAGGGCGUGGCCAUCUAUCUCGAUGACAUCAUUGUCACCGGGGCGACCGAAGAGGAGCACCUGAGAAACCUGGAGAAAGUCCUUCAGCGUUUGGAGGAGCACGGGUUCACGCUCAAACGGAGCAAGUGUCACUUCCUGCAGGACUCCGUGGAGUAUCUGGGGUUCGUGGUGGACCACCAAGGUCGCCACAUCUCCCAGGAUCGAGUGAAGGCUCUCCGAGAAAUAGCCCGUCCCAGCAACAUCAGUGAGCUCCGCGCGUUUUUGGGUUUGGUCAACCACUACGGGAAGUUCGUCCGCGACCUUUCCGGAAGUGUGCCCGUUCCAUGCCCUCCUGAAGACCGGAGUUCCCUGGUCUUGGUCCAAGGACUGCGAGUCCCAGUUCCUGUCCCUGAAGGACCAAAUUGUCCGCGCAACCUUCCUGGUCCACUAUGA